UGAUUUACGUGCCAUGCUUUAUGAAGAGUAAGCAAGAGAGAAUACGCCUGGCCUAUUUGCUAUUUUAUAAACAAAUGUUUUAUAUCUGCGUAUUAAACAGUGUAUGAACAGUUUAUACAAUGAGUUAAUUAGUGUAAAUAUUUGUGUCAAUGAAGAUAAAUUAUGUGAUGAAUUUCAUUAUAAAUGGUGGGAAUAUCAUAGAGCGACUAAAGCCGCUGUGAGAAGGAUUAUUUGGGUAUGUUGAAAAAUAAAAUGCAAGCAGUUUUCGACAGCGGAAAACAAAACUCCAUGACUUGUGUGCAAACGGCCUUACAAGAACAAUUUUAAGUGGACACAUACUUCAUGAAGAGUGGGUAUCAAGUAGGUCUUUGUGUUUACUGCAAUAAGUCACAAACAUUAAACAAAAAUGUGUGAAACAAAUGGCGUCUUAGACAAUGUUACUUUAGCAAGGAGGGAGAAUCCGGUGGAUGUUUUAAAUUCGUCUUGUGGAAAUAUAACACAAGAUGGCGGCCACGCGGGAAAUAUUUCACGUGGUGGUGGCAACAGGAGAAGUUACGCUAGUUACCAAAAAUUUUCAUGUGGUUACUGCGACACAGCAUGUAUAUACAGCGCCAUUGAGACAUUGUUUAUCAUUGGAAUAGUGGCAAACGUGUUUGUAAUAACACGAGUCAUUCGUGACCGGAAGUUACAUGACCCGACGUUUGUUGCUAUAGCAGCUUUAGCUAUUGCUGAUUUACUGUUUCUUACUCUAAAUCUGACAACAUCAUUUGAAAGAGUUAUCUUAUCUGUCACAUGCUCAUCUCCAGUUAUAAUUAGUUCACCAUAUUAUAUUCUGAAAUCCAUUUUCUGGUUCUCAGCAAAUACACACGUAGCUUUGCUGGCAGUUUUGAGGUAUAUUACGUUGGCUUAUCCUUUGAGAACUAAUGCGUUUCUAACAAUUAAAAAGGUGAUAAUAUCGUCUGUAGUUGUGUGGAUGAUUGGAAUAAUAAUUACAGGAAGUCUAACAACACUUAUUGGAGCACGAAUUAUUCUGGCUGGACGAUCCCAGGAAUUUUUGCUAUUUUUAUGGCUAUCGGUUUACUUUUUACCAUUGAUUAUAACAUGCGUUCUUCAUAUUUUGAAAAUAUUUCUGGUCAAAGGUUCCAUAACUGUCACAACAACUGAAUCUACCCGGAUGUCGAUACAGCGCAUGUCAAAAAUAGUUGUUGUUGUUAUCGUAAUGGCGGCUGUUCUUCCAUUACCGAGACUUAUACAUAAAUGCUUAAAACUUGCUGGACGAGAUGUAUAUCCACCUAGUGAUUUUCGAACUCAUUUUGGUGAAAUCGCAGAUUGUUUAUUUCUCAUUAACAAUUUCAUCAAUCCGUUCAUUUAUGGAUUUUUGUCUGAAAAGUUUCGUGGAAGCUUAAAGGCGAUGUUCUCUUGUUUACCUGGGGUUAAUGAGGACAGUAUUGUCACGUCUGAUACACCAUUGUCAUCAAGAAAGAUGAAUUACAAUCUAGGGGAAAUGCCGAGAAAAUACAGUUACGCUGAUAGUUUGGACAGUGUUAAUGGUGUGUAACUAAACUGAUAUCUCAUUGUUGAUAUUGUAUAGUGAAAUCAUCAUAGAUAUCUAUACGUUGUGAUACUAUAUAUAUAAUGACACCAAACAAACAAAAAAUCGUCAUAUACAGUAUCAUAUAUAAAGAAAUAUAAUGUUCAAAAGUGUAAAUUGACUCGAGUAUAGUUGAUAUCAAAUUCUGAAAAACUGUGCUACCAUGUAAAUAGACUCAAGUAUAAUUGAUAUCAAAUAUUGAAAUAAUGUGCUACAAUAUAAAUUGACUGAAGUAAAAUUGAUAUCAAUACUGAAAUAAUGUUCUACAAUGUAAAUAGACUCAAGUAUAACUGAUAUCAAUACUGAAAUAAUGUGCUACAAUGUACAUAGACUCAAGUAUAAAUGAUAUCAAUACUGAAAUAAUGUGCUAUAACAUAAAUUGACUAAAGUAUAAUUGAUAUCAAAUGCUGAAAUAAUGUGCUACAAUAUAAAUCGACUAAAGUAUAAUUGAUAUCAAAUGCUGAUAAAGUGUGUUAAAAUAUACCGGUAUAUAGACCCUUUCAUUUAAGACCGUAUUCAAGUUAUCGCCCUUGGACGACGUCAUUGGGGGAUACAGUUCAACUUUUCAACUUGAUACUUUUUAAUUCAUACUCUGCUUAUCAAAUAUUUAAAAAAAAAAACACACAAAAAAAACACAUUACAAAAAAAAUUGUGUAACACGUUCACAGAAAUUCGUUAUUAACUGAAUUAUAAUUUUACGUAUUUUUGACUGUGCCAGUUGGUAGGACUCUGGAUCGAGUAUCAAAUCAGUAAGGCAUGACUUAUUAAGUCCCUAGGAUGAUCCAUAACAAAAUUCGGACCAUAAAUAUUUUGACAACUAACAAAAGUGACGUAAUCUGAUGUGAUGUUAUAACUCUAAAAAUACACCCUGGUGAUUUAUGAUAUCACAGCCAAAAGCCGCUUGUAUAUACAACAUAUGCACCCUGUUAAUUAAUAUGUUACGGCCCAGUGGCGCUUAUGUAUACACAUCUAUUUAUCUAUGAAAUAAGUUACAUGGAAAAGGUCUUUAUUUUCUAACAAUAAAAAUAGAUUUUUAAUAUCAAAA